GCUGACAGUUGUUACGUGGACUUUGGUGAUUGUGGACUGCAGUCAGCUGCGUCUAUUCCUGUAAUACUUUAUAAAGUUUCGUAAUUAAAAUAAAUAGCCGGCGUAAGGUUGAAAUGUCCGAAUUUCAUUUAGCAAUAAUAAAAUGUCGGAUUGGAUUUGGCGAAUGAUAUUGCUGAAAAGUGCGUUUCUAACUCUUACCUGCAAUAUUAGUUAUCUACGUGCGGACGAUGUAGUGCAAAAGUUACCUUUUUGCAAUCCCUCCAACGCCAAGGAUGCACCGGCGUAUAAUGACCUAGUGAUCAUCAGCACGUUGGAUGGCCGGGUCACCGCCUUCUCCACACAGAAUGGUAACAAGGCCUGGGAUCUCGAGACCCAGCCUUUGUUAUCUUCAAAUCUGCAUCAUGUUGAGCUGACAGCUGGCGGUAAAUGGGUGCGGCUGGUACCUUCCCUCAGAGGCUCUCUCUACAGCCUCAGCGGAGACACCAUAGAGCCCCUGCCCUUUGACGCUGAGCAACUCCUGUCGUCUUCCUUCAAGUACUCUGACGACCUGGUCAUCGCCGGCGCCCGUGAGACGCUGUGGGUGGGUGUGGACGCGAACACGGGCGGCGUGGUGUACGAGUGCGGGUCGAGCGGGUGCAACAACGAGCAGCAGACCGCCGGCGCGAGCCGCGACGUGCUCGUGCUGCGUCGACACUCCAACACCGUCAGGGCGCUGGACCCCAGGAACGGGAAUGAGAAGUGGAACUUCAGUGUAGCUGAGCACCAACUGGCCAUGAACCGGCGUGAAUGUGUGGGUGGUACCGGCCCACGGCCCGCCGCCCCCGUGCACGUCACGGUGGCGCUGCACGACGGGGUCGUCGCCAUCAGGACUCCUGAGGGUCGGCAGCUCAUGUGGCAGAGAAAGUUGGAAGCGCCAGUGGCUGGCAUGUGGAGGCUGCACGAAGGCUCCCUGCAGCACAUCGACGUCCUGUGGGAGGCGACGCAGUCCAUCGUGGAGGGGGGCAUCACGCAACACCCCUCUUUGUACAUAGGAGUGCAUGAUACACAGCUGUACAUACAAGAGAGUCAGUACUACUCUCGCAAGAUCGAGACGGCGGUGGCGACCAAGCCGCUCCCCUGGAAGUUGGUGACAGCCCGGCCGCUGAUCACCGACAGCACAGGAGAGACAGCACUGACUGUCCAGGAUACUGACACUACACUGUCACUCGUCACGCUGUACGGCAAUGGCGGCCUGGCUGGUGACCAUGGCUUCUUCCUCUACCUGCAAGAGACGUGUGACCAAGCAGUGCAAGUCACGGAAGACGCUCUGGAUGCAGAAGCAGCUCCCAACAACAGCCAAGACAAUUCCCACCACCACAUCCAUGUCCACGUGUACUCCCUCUGGUUCUGGUGGAAGGAAGUCCUGCUCAUCGCUGUCAGCUCAGCAUUACUCCUCAACCUGAUGAUAUGGCCGAGAUUCUUUGCUCCAAAAGUCCGUCCCACCACACCUCUACCCCUGAACCAGGAGUAUAUUGUGGUGGAGAGGCAUUAUGAAAGACCGCCGUCUGUCCCGGAAUAUUCUGGAAGAUAUGAGAACGAUUUCACCCCGUUGAGGUGCUUGGGUAGGGGGGGAUUUGGUGUCGUGUUUGAAGCUAAGAACAAUAUUGAUCAUUGUUCGUAUGCUAUCAAGAGGAUCACGCUGUCAAACCAAGAACAAAAGCGGGAGCGUGUCCUCCGCGAGGUGCGUGCGCUCGCGCAGCUGGACCACGAGAACAUCGUGCGGUACUUCAACGCCUGGCUCGAACAUCCGCCGCCCAACUGGCAACGCCGACACGACCAGCAGUGGAUGCGGCAGCUGGAAGGCGUGUCGGUGCUGAUGUCGGAGUCGUGCAGCGCCGCGUCUCCGGCGCCACACGGGUGCGGCUCCGUGAGACUCGACCUGCAGAAAUGCGACGAGUGUGUCGACGCACUGGAAUUCGACAACAAAAUGUCGGAGCCUAAGAGGUAUAGGUCGCGAAGCUGCAACGAAUCAUUCAGCAUUGUUUUCGAUGAGAACGCAUCAAGUCCCCAUCUAUCUUCCAAAACGCCUACAAAACAACUAACGGAUGACGGGCUACCGAACACACUCAGCAAACGAGCGACGACUGACGACGAUUCGUUCAUAGUGUUCGCGAACCCGGACGAAUUGUCCAAACAUUCGGCGAGCUUGUCAGUUCCCGGACAGUAUUCAGGAUCAGGGCUUUCGGAGGCGAAAAAAAAUUCCUCGUUUGAUAAAAGACUUGAGAGGGUCAAGCAGGCUGAUUAUAAGACUGGGAGUUCGAGUGGUAAGAAGAAGAAAGGCCACACACGCCACUGGUCUUUAGACAUGGUGGUCCGCGAAAGCGUCCGGUCGCGCGACGACGAGCCGCGCAUGUUCCUCUACAUACAGAUGCAGCUGUGUUGCCGCGACAGUCUGCACGACUGGCUGCGGAACAACAGGACCAGGGACACCAGGGCACACCACGUGAAGAACCUGUUCCGGCAGAUAGUGUGUGCAGUGGAGUACGUCCACCUGGCGGGUCUGAUCCAUCGCGAUCUGAAGCCCAGCAACAUCCUGUUCGCGCCGGAUGGCCGCGUGAAGGUGGGCGACUUCGGGCUGGUGACCAGCAUGGCGGACGCUAGUGGAGACAGCGGCGCGGCUGACUGCCAACAUUGUCCUGAGCAGAGACAUACUUACAGAGUCGGUACACACCUAUAUAUGUCACCAGAACAGCUACAAGGCCGUCCGUACAGUUACAAAGUGGAUAUCUACUCGCUAGGCCUGAUCCUGUACGAGUUGCUGCAACCGUUCGGCACGGAGUCUGAGAGGGUCACGUGUCUGCUCAAACUGAGGAACCAUAUGGAGUUGUCUGAUGAGUUCCGGAGUCAUUAUCCUAGUGAGACGGAGGUGCUGAAGCUGAUGCUGAGCGAGGAGCCGGGCCGCCGCCCCACCGCCAGCGGCGUGCGAGCUCGCGCCCCGCUGCUCGAGCAGACCGACGAGAGGUACCACUUCACGCUGCCCAGCAUGGCCGCCGUCGCAUAGAUACCAACCUCAGCACACCGGCACGAGUCGUGAGCACACUUGAAGUUAACUCGUUUGACGUCAAACUCGCCGAUGUUGCGUAAGAUUGGUUCUAUACACUUUUGUUAUUGAAUCGCACCAUCUUACAUGGGCAGCGAAAUUCUUCUCGAGAUCCAUAGAGCUAGACACUCUUAGAUACGGAUGUUAUAAUUAAUCUAUAACGAAAAACAAUGCUUAAUUUUUUUAAUUGAAAAUAAUUCAUUGAAACUUGUUUAUGGAUCAAGUACGCAAUACAGCUCUUAUAAUAAUACUUACAAAAGGGAUCAUAGAAAGAAAAUUAGGUAUUGAAAUAUUUGACGCUCGUUGAUUCGGACGUGUCAAUGGACUGCUGUACAUUUGCAAUGCCUUUCCCCACCAGCCUUCGUCUGUGCUCACGACUCGUACAGAUAUCUAUGCCGCUGCAAAUGUUCAUGAAUAGUCGGGUUGAGUUUCCUUGCGUAUUAAGCUAGCGAGUGACUUUGUAUAGAAAAAAUAAAGUAAUAUCGAUAUAUAGAAAAUAUUUAUCGAUACAACUCGGUAUCGUGUAUCGAUAAUUACUAUUACUUGUUGGCCUGCUUCAGUAAUAAAAAAAAUAAAGUAUCAGAUACAUAGAAAAUGUCGAUACAACUUGGUAUGGUGUGUCUUUUUAUUAUAUUUUCUAAGACAGUUUCAUUGUUCCAUUUGUUAUAUACAACGUGAAAACCUUUAGUUAGAUUUUGAGUAUUCUAACAAGUACCUAAGCGCGAAUUCGAAAAUUGAAGUGAAAAAUAUUAGAAUGUUAUACACAUCAUUAUAUUUACAGACAAAUCAGGGUAUCGGAUGUUAUCUAUAGUGAGUGUUGUCGAUAAAAAUGCAUUUAUCGAUAUCGAUAGUGGAUGUAAUAUUUGUACUUACUCAACAUUCCUAAGAGAAUGAUUGCGUUUCGUAGAUGUCGUUCAUCUAAAAUGUUGUUUAAUUUAAAGUACAAGUGUAUUUCGAUAUUCGUAUUAAUAUUUUAUUUGCCAUAGGCAUAAAUUUAAUUAAUGACUUUAUGUUGUUAUAAAAGAGAAUUGAUGUAAUAAAUAUGAUAAAUAUUUCGUCGAUAAAAGCAAUCUUAUGUUCCCAGUGAUAUUGUAAAACAAUUUACAAAGAUGUCACCAAAAUUAAAUAGAAUAAGAAACAGUAUUGUAAGUUACAAUUUUAGAGUAUUCAUGAAGAAACUAAUUAUAGAGGCAAUGUUAAAAUAUCGAUAAGUGAAGUCUUAUAAUUUUUUAAAAGUAUUAAUAGUUUCAGAAUGUCUUGGGAUUUAUCUAUAUAACUAUUAUUCUUCAACAAUACAUUAAUUAUAAGUAAUAACUAAUUACAUUUUAAUAGCAUCGCCUUUCUAUCACUUGAUACGAUUUAUUGAAUAGUAAUAAUAUAUUCGUUUAACAACGCCAUAUUUCUAUGAGUAGUCAAAUUAAUAAUGGAUAUAUCGAGAAAUGUGACUUAAUGCUCAGAUAAUAACAAACAAUUCUCGAUGACAGCGAUUCAUUGAGUCCUAAUUCGAUAAAUCAUGUAUGUUUGAAUUAUUUUUAUGUACAAUUUCUGUAUAAGGCAUUUAUUUCUUUACGUAAUUAAUGACUAACGCCAGUCUAUAUAAAUGUAAAGGUAGUUGUGAAUGCCGUCGUAUUUUAGCAGGUUUAGAUCUCGUUUAGGUCCAUAAAGUUAAAAUAGAGGCCUUACACAAAUUAUCUAAUUAAAGACAAUGUAUUUAUUAUCUCACUCUAUAGAUACUUUUUCCUUCUAAUUGAAUGAAAAUAAAAUACUAUAACAAUAAUUGGCUACUUUGACCGAUGACAGCCUCUAAGUAAGACAGGGCAGCAAGCUAUUAAUUCGUGUCCAUUGACGUAUAUUCUAUAGACAUGAACGUCCAUAUAAACUAUUUGUUCAAAAUCUGAACUAAAAUGGCAACCAAAAUGUCACUGUCAUAACCUAUUUAUUCACUUGAACAGCAAAUAGUUUUACUUAUUUCACUAAUAUUUUUUAUUAUAUCGAUGAUUCGUUUCAAUAUAAUAGUAUGGUAUCUUUUUGUUUAUCUUAUGAUAUACAAUAAAAUAUGGCAAUCGUCUACGGAGAUGAAUAUACGAGACACCACAUCUGUUGUUUAUGGAUUAAAUGUUUAUUAAAACUACUUAUAACAUGACGGUGCGAUGGUGAAGUGACUAACUUCAGACUAGUAAAAAGUAUGGCGAAAUUUUAUUAAUUUUAUAAUUGUAAAUAUUUAUUAAUCAUUUACGAAAAGUAGCAUUAGAGGCUUUUCGAAAAUGAUUGACUGAUUCGUGUAUUUUAAGUCUAGUUAUAAUUUUAUUUAUUAAGAACGAUAAAUCUUUGUUAUCAUUGUCUUCCGCAACAUUGCGAGGUUAUUUGAGUAAUUUCUGAUUUUUCAAUUGUCAGAUAAGUUAUUCGUUGACCGGUUUACUAAACAAUACGACCUCGACAAUGAACCAAUCAUAACAUGUCAUUUGAAAGUGUGUCAAAACACUUUGUUCUUUUUGGUUCAUUUUUAUGAUGGAUUGCAGAAAGGGAUCGGAGUCGUUCGUUGAAAAUGGCGGGAAAAUACAGAUUAAAAAUGAAAUUAACAUUAUUAAAAUCGUUCAAUUGUCUAUCAAUAGGGUCAAUGAUGGAUUCUGACAAUUAAAAAAUCGAUUAUAAAUUAAGCAAUAAUUAGUAUAGAUUUGUAAGACUGUUGGUUGAAUGUCGAUGGAGAGUAUUUUUGUAUCGUGUAUAUUUGAAGCUAAUGUUUGAUAUGGGAAAGAUAAGUGUAUUUACAAGCCGUUCAAUGCGAAUGUAAAGAACAUCUUAUCAAUUAUGUUUAAUGUAAAUAAACACUUAUCAAAUGUGUCUAGUGUAUUUGGUUUGAUUCCGUAACACGUGUGAUGACUAUAAUUAUAAGGGACUUUGCACGAACUAAAGGCGACACUAAACGACACUAGAGCCACUGUGUGGAAGAAAAAAAAGACUCCCGACCUAAAAUGUGUUUAUUUUUUUUCUAAUAUGACAAAAAUUAUGUAAUAUAUUUCCUGGAUUGUUAUCGAUAGGUAGAAAGUGCUUUUUUUUAGAUGGAAUCAGGCUUAUUUGGAUGGUAUUGAAGUAAAAUUAUGAGGUUAUGUUCACUUAAUUAAUGAUUUGUUUGCGAAUAUUAACUACAAAACUAUUUUUACAAAUUACAUUAUGAGAAAUUCCAAAAAGCUUUUUGAAGUAUUUUUAUAAAGUUUAUUAAUUUUUGACCAUUUUCACAUUAUAUUUUAUGUAUUUGAGGAUCCAUUUUCCAAUGCCAAGUAUUGAAUGGUAAUAGAUUCAAUUUGCGCCACUAGAUGGCAGUGCUUUCUUCGUGCACGUUCCUUGUAGGAUGAGUUGUGGUAAUAUAUUUCAAGAGCUAGUGCUUAUUAGUUCGGAAUGGCACGAAAUCGUCCUAUUUUAGGAUUAUACUGGAAAUGGUAUAAUAUUAACAUUAUGGGACCCCAUAUGAGAAAAUUGAAAUAAAGCACGAGCAAUAUGAAUAUGUAAGAAUUCUGAUAACUGUUUUUUUAUUAAAAUGCUUGUUGCAGAAUUA